AUGACUUUAGCGCACGCUGCUUUGUCAGAUUCAAGCUGUGGCUCAGGAUUUAAGUCCGUAUUCACAGAGCCGUAUAUUAUGGGGGACAAAAUAGCGGAUAAUACGCUGGAUAGUUUAGCGUUGCUGGGAUCCUCGAAACUAUUUCUCUCUUCCAUCGACUCUUGGGACUUCUCUACAACACCACAAGAAGAAAAGUCAAGUUCAGAUUCAACCUCAAAUAUGCAGAACCAGAAUCAACAACCAAUGCACCCUGACAUCUGGUCAUGGAGUAAUAAGCAACCAAAAGAGCUGCUCUACGCUAACUUGGACAUCGACACUUCUGCUUUCGAAUUUCCAAUUCUCGACAACACAUACGCUUCAUUUCCCGACAGCGACUCUUGGUCUGCGACAUCCUCACCGAUUUCUUCAUCAUCACAAGUCCCCAAGUCAAUUCCAAAAGACACAUAUCCGAUGUCUUUCUCAUUUCGGGGAGGCUCAAAUACUCAACCCAUCCACAAACUAAAGGCUACGAAAGGAGAAAGACUCGAGAAACGUCGCGAGAAGAACCGCACAUCUCAAAGACGCUAUCGAGAGAGAAAAGAAAAGUACAUUCAAGAUCUCGAGAACCAGUGCAAAAGGCUUCAGGAAAGAAAUGAGUCUCUGUGUGCCCGUCUCAUCAGCGUUGGGGAGGCAAUUCCAAGCGAAGAAAUUGCCCAGGCAUGUGAAGAAAAGACAGAGUGGCAGUGGCCAGAGUUGGGGGUAGAUUCGGGCCUCGAUGGAGUCAGUGGAGAGAUGCGAUGCGACUAG